GAAAGUUCAGAUGCUACAGGUGUCAAUAAACCGGCUUUGCUGUGAAGUUUUGUCGUGAGUCCGCGUACAACAUGCCUUUCAAGCCUCUCUCCAAGCACUGGCUAGAGGCUGCCACGGUGAUCUUAGCGGCCGGCGCGAGAAACGGGCGUACGGGGACGGUCUCGGGUCUGCCGGCGGGCCCACACGGUACCGCACCCGCCGGGACAGGCUCUGGUCCGCCGGCGGGCCCCCACGGCACCGCCCCCGCCCAGUUCGACUACCGCGUACUGAUGCUGCAGCGAAGCGGGAAGAGCGGCUUCAUGCCCAACGCCAAGGUGUUCCCGGGAGGAGUCGUGGACGCCUCGGACUUCUCUGAGGAGUGGAUGGACGUCUUCAAGGCGGCAGGACUGACAGACUUUAAGGAACUCACGCAGGUCGAAGUCCACGCGGACCGGUCUCCCAUGUUUACAGCACACAGGGACUCGCCAGUGCCGAACGAGGUGGGGUACCGAAUCUGCGCCAUCCGUGAGACGUUUGAGGAGUCCGGGGUCCUGCUGGUGCGGCCGUGGGCCAGCGGGCCGACGGGGCGGGCCCUUCCUGCUCCCGAGCGGGCUCCGGCGGGGUUGCCUCUCCCGGCCGCCGAGCGGGCCCCGGCGGAGUGUCCCGUCUCGGCCGCCGAGCUGGCCCGCUGGAGGAAACGGGUGGACGGGGACGCGCGGGAGUUCAUCAAGCUCUGCAAGGAACACAGGUGCGUCCCGGACGUCUGGUCUCUGUACGAAUGGUCCAACUGGCUCACGCCUGUAGUACCGGAUCGGCCCAAAAGGCGGCGCUACGACACCGCGUUCUUCAUCUGCUGCCUGGACCACAUUCCACCUGCCGCUCGGGACGACAGGGAGAUCGUCAGGGCACAGUGGCUGACACCUGCCGAAGUCCUGCACGACUUCCGACAAGAAAAACACAUCGUGCCACCCCCGCAGGUGUAUGAACUCUCCCGCCUGUGCCAGGUGCCGAGUCUGGCGGGCCUGCACCACUUCAGCAGGGAGAGGGGUGGGCAGGGUUGUGAGAGAUGGCUGCCGAUUGUCCUCCCUUGUGAAGACGGCCAAGUGACGGUGCUGCCGGGGGAUGACUUGUACCCGACCCACCCGGAAGUAUACCAGGGUUCCCCCCUCCCCUCCACCGUGGCCCAGCUGCGGCAGUCCGCCAAAAAUAUCCACCGGAGAGAGUCCCUCCAGCGGUCCGGCUUCCCCACCGCGAACUACCGCUGUAACAUCCCGCCCAGGUUCGGGCACCUCCCGCUCAAACAUGACGUCUUCGCGUUCGUCGAGUGGAUCCAGAGUAAACUUUAGAUACAGAGUCAGGGGAGGGACCACCAUUACAACUUUCCUGUGCAAUAUGUGAUGAUAAGUCAUGCAAAAACAAUCACCCGAAAACACAUUUACCUACAGGAUAUAGGAGUUUUCUUUUAAACAA